AUGGGAUUUGGUGUCCGCAAGCAAUAUUCUAACAAAAAUGCAGAUGGAAAAAUUCUAAGUCUUAGGUUCGUCUGUGCCAAAGAAGGUGUUCGUAAAUCAGACAAAAGAGAUUCUUUGACGGUCAUUCCUAGACUUGAAACAAGGACUAAUUGUGGUGUAAAAUUAGGAAUCAGAUAUAUUAAAGGCAUUGAAAAAUAUGAGAUUCAUGAUUUUUUCAAUGAGCAUAAUCAUCCUGUGCAUCUUCCACAUACAACUCACAUAUUAGCAUGUCAACGGAAAAUAUCUCAGGUUCAAGUUCAAGAAAUUGAAAUGGCAGAUGACUCAGGAAUCACACAACGGGCUUCAUUUGAAUUGAUGAGUAGACAAGUUGGUGGAAGAGAAAAUAUUGGUUAUACCCGUUUAGACCAAAAAAAUUAUCUUCGUACCAAAAGAAUGAAAAGCAUGGCAUACGGGGAGGCAGGCAGCUUGUUAGCAUAUUUUCAACAAGAAUCUCUAGAAAAUCCAUCAUUCAGUCAUGCUAUUCAAUUAGAUUUGGAAGAACAAAUAACGAAUAUUUUUUGGGCUGAUGCAAAAAUGAUCAUGGAUUAUGAAUAUUUUGGUGAUGUGGUUACUCUUGACACUACAUAUAGUACUAAUAAUGCUUGUAGGCCUUUGGCUAUAUUUGCAGGAUUUAAUCACUUUAGAGUGGUAGUGAUAUUUGGAGCUGCACUUCUUUAUGACGAGAAUGAAACUAAUUUCAAAGAAGCAUGGGAUAAAUUAUUAGAUGACUAUGAUCUUAAGGAAAAUAAGUGGUUGAUGAACUUGUAUAAAUUAAAGGAGAAGUGGGCAAGAUGCUAUAUGAACAAUGCAUUUACUAUUGGCAUGCGGAGUACACAGCUUAGUGAAAGUUUGAAUGCAGAUCUCAAAAAUUGUAUGAAACCAAACCUAAACAUCAUUCAAUUUUUCAAUCACUUUGAAAGAGUUGUCAAUGAUAAGAGAUACAAUGAGCUACAAGGAAAAUUUCAAUCCAGACAGAAGUUACCCAGGUUGAAGAUGGUAAGUUCACCACUAUUGCAACAAGUUUCUGAAGUAUAUACCUUGCCAUUGUUUGAUCUUUUUCAAGAGGAGUAUGACAAAUAUUCUGCAGCUUGCAUAAGAGAAGUAAAUGAUAGAGGCUUUGUUUAUGAAUAUGUGGUUGCAUUGUGCAAUGAGAAUAAAGAGUUUAAAGUAACAUUUGAUCCUUCCUUGAGCUCAAUUUCAUGUAAUUGUAGAAAGUUUGAGACUUUUAGCAUUUUGUGUUGUCAUGCAAUCAAAGUUUUAGAUGUUAAAGAUAUUAAAUUACUGCCUGACCAGUAUAUUUUGAAGAGGUGGACAAGAGGAGCAAUGAGGGGAUUAGCAAAAGAUAUGCAUGGAAGAAUAGUUGAAGAAGAUACUUGUCUUACUAGCACACAAUGGUUUAAGCAAACUUGUCCUAAGUUAGUAAGAACAGUCACACAAGCCUCUGAUUGUAAAGAAGCACGUGUCUUUGUGGAAAAAGCUGUGGAGGAGUUAAGUAAAAAGGUUGAUGAUAUCUGCAAACUAAAUUUGGGAUUAUAA